AUGGCGGAAAAGUGGGUAGACCGCGAUUUGAGCGAAGUCGAACAGGAUGCUGCAGUAGAAAGCAAAAGGUCCGAAUCCGGAGAUGACGAACCAGAGGAACAAGCACCACACGAUGCAGACGCAGUGGAGGCCGCUUUCAGAAAUGAAGCUGGCGACUUCGCGCCCUUGUCGAUUGCUGAAGACGAUGAUCGGAAGCCACCAGCGCGGGAAACAGGUAGCUCUUUUCAGGUUGAUGAUCUUGAGCGUGACCCCUUGUCGAUUUCGGAAGACGACGAUCGGAAGCCACCAGCGCGGGCGGUAGAGAGGUCUUUUCAAGUUGAUGAUCUUCAAUCAGGGCACCUCGACAAUACGUUAUUUGCACUCGAGUCGGGAGAUGAAGAUCUGAUGGGACCCGCAAGUAAGAGGGCUCGAACUACUCAGGCUAGUGGCUUUGCGUCAAUGCCGAGUCACGACCAUGCUCAUCAUUUUCAAAUGUCUAUGCACUUCCCAUAUUCACCACCAGUGAACCAUCCAGGUGCCCCCCGGUUUCCAGAAGCGGGUUAUGAGUAUCCUCAUUAUGCUUCCAUGCCACCGGCACAUGCUCCGUCAUCUUCAGGGUAUCCAAGUCACCAUCAUUACCCACCCAGUCAACACGCCAUCGAGCGACCGAUGCCACAUUCCUCCCAACCCGGAAUGGUUCAAGGCGUGGCCUAUGGCUCACCAGUCGCAGGCACCCGACCUCGCACUGCAACGGGGGAGGACACGAGAGAAGUGCCCUCGCGGGGACCUACGGAUGAUGAAUUGGAAGAAGCCAGAACGGAAAGGGCUAGGAAUGCUUUGCACACGUGGUAUCAUCGUCUCAACGACUUGCGCCAGUAUAGGCUGGACCAAGGAGACUGCAACGUCCCACAAAAGUACGAGGGGAACAGAGAACUUGGUAUCUGGGUCAACAAGCAGCGCAUGGAAAAGAAAUCAUUUGACGAGGGCAAGAGAACGUCCAUGACGAAUAGGAAGAUUGCCGCCUUGAACAACCUUGGGUUUGUGUGGGCGAAGCGCAAGGGGCAAGCAGCAUGGGAGGAGAAGUUCCGAGAGCUCUUGGCUUACAAACGCAUUCAUGGCAAUUGUGAGGUCCCGACCAAAUAUUCGGCGAAUCCAGCUCUUGGGAGAUGGGUGAGCACUCAGCGAUCCGCCUACAAGGACUUUAUCGAGACUGGCGACACGAGCAAGAUGACAGACGAACGUAGAGCUCGCCUAGAGAGUGUUGGAUUCAAGUGGAAAAUGAUGAACAACGGUUGA